AUGGUCCGAUUACCUCCAACGGAGCAUGGCCAGCCAGGCGCGGCCGCGCCCCGGACGGAGGAGUCGAAGUGGAGCUACCGGCUGGGGGACGAAGCCGAGGACGAGGACGAGAUAGUGGAGAGGGCCAGGAGGGAAGCUCCUCCGAAUAUCACAAUUGGAGAGCUUCACUCGCUACUAGCGGCCACCUUUGGUGAUCAGUGGACGCAAGAAGAAGAAGACGAGCUCGAUAGAGCUAUGAACGAUGACCCGGUCGUUGUCGCGUUACUGGAUCCCAGUACCGGCAGACACGGGGGUAUCGGGGGUCUUUGGAAGGCGACACUGUAUUCUAUGCGAGAGACGCCUGAUCGCCUGAUGUCGGCGCCCCUGCGAGUUAGCACUCGUCAGCACAAGGCGCUGCCUCGACACGGCAACAUGCGUAAUCCGAACAUGAACCAGAUGUACUGCACCCACCUGAUCGUUCUUGUCAGCCAUCCCAUCUGGGAGAGGGACAUUCGAGCGCUGCGGCAGACCAUCGCGUUUGCCGUCGCCUGCCAUACCAAAGACCAACGACCUUGGAAAUUUGAGACCAUGGUGGGAGGCUCCGUCCUCGCAGAAUUCGGACGACAGGCUGCGGCCUCAGAUGGUUCUCAAACGAUGGCUUCGCUGUUUCGUCAGAUCAGCAAUGGGGCCGCGGGAGAGAAACCGCCGCUGGUCCUGCUCAUGGACGAGUUGGCGGGUGACGGGGACGACGACGUCGAAGAAGGGGACUUUGAUGAUGAUGAAGCCGAGGUAGAGUACGAGGUGCAGCUCCGCCACUUGGCGAGCGUCAUCAAGAGUCUCGACACCCUCGUGCCCAGAUUCAAGCCGACUGCACACUACGAGCGACUGGCCUGCAAAGCCAGGAGCGAGCGGCACAUUCCCAGUAUCAAGACGCAGCUUCCUGACGUCCGGCGUCGGUCUUUGCUUCGGGAGCGCCGUCUCGCGGCGAUUCAGGACAAGGGACUUACGCCGGAAGCAUCAGAAUUGCCAGAGUCAUCCAAUUCGGGCGAUUCUGAGGCUGGCCAACAGCCUCCCGAGUCGCUGUCGAUCCCGCCCACACAGUUCAGCGAAGAACGUGCCGUCGAAGUUCCCGAAACCCCUUCCCGAACACAAUACCCGCAGAUCGAACGGACGAGGACUGUGGAGCCCAUUGAGCGCUUGCCGCCACUCCAGGGUUCUCUCCAUCUCGAGACUCCAGCGCGGACGGCCAUACCGCCCGAGGAGGCGUCCAUCGCGGCGGCUGCGCCUGCUGUGACGUCUGCGAAGCGGACGGCUGCGCCUGAUGCAACGUCUGCGAGGCCCGCGAAGCGAGUUUACAAGAACAUGUACACCGCGAAGAACAGGACUGUCGCAGCACGGCCGAUGGCUGGUCCGAACGCCCAGCCGCACGAGUCACACGAGUCGAAUGACUUGGGUGACUUAGGCGAGUAA